AUGGUUUCUUCUCUGCUUUUGCUUCUUCUUACCCUUUUCCCUUCAAAUGUUCACCCAUUAAAUUUCAAUAUAACAAAUUUCAGUGAUGUUGAGAGUGCAAGCAAAGAUAUGGCAUAUGAAGGUGAUGCCAAAGUUGCCAACGGGUUCAUAGAGCUCAACAGGUAUGACUACUAUCGAACCGGCCGAGCCGUUUACAGCCAGCCUUUGCACCUUUGGGAUUCAUCUGCUAAGAUUCUCACAGACUUCACAACCUCUUUUAGAUUCACUAUUCAAGGACCAGAAUCCAAUAGUAGUGAUUAUAAUGUACUUGCUGAUGGAUUUGCAUUCCACAUGGCUCCUUUGAGUUUCACAACUCCACCCAACUCAGCUGGUGGCAAUUUUGGACUAUUCAACAUUUCCACACAUUUUGGAAUACCCCAAAAUCAAAUGUUUAUGGUGGAAUUUGACACAUUCCAAAAUAAAGAUUAUGAUCCUCUAGAACUAGAGCACCAUGUUGGGAUCAACGAAAAUUCUGUCAAAUCCAUCAAUUAUACUAAGUUUGAUAUUGAAGGAAACAUUGGGAAACAAGGUCAUGCUUUAAUUACCUAUAAUUCUUCUACCAAGAACCUUGUUGUGUCUUGGUCUUUCAAUGGAGCUAGCACCCAUACUCUGUCUUGUGAGAUUGACCUCUCCAAAAUCCUACCAGAGUAUGUGACAGUUGGAUUCUCAGCUGCAACUGGCCACCGCUCGAACACACAACACAACAUUCAUUCUUGGGAAUUCAAUUCGACUUUGGAUUCCACCGAUUCUGAGGUAAACAGAAAGAGGAGGCAAAAGAGGAUCAUAGAAAUUGUUGCAAUGACUUGCUUAAUAAUUGUAUUGGUGCUUAUGGUAUAUGUUUUUCUUAUCAAGAAAAGAAUUGCCAAGCUUCUACAUGAUGAUGGCAACCCCAGACACAAAGUAUCAGUCGCCAAUGACUUGGACGAAGCAUCACUACCUAGAAGAUUCAAGUACAAGGAAUUAGUUCAAGCCACCAAUGAGUUCUCAAAUGAUAGAAAGCUUGGAAGUGGAGGAUCAAGUCAAGUUUACAAAGGUUUUCUAAGUCACUCAGGACGUGCGGUCGCAGUUAAGAGGAUUUUCGCUGAUAUUCAAGGAGGCGAGAAAAUAUUCAUCAAUGAAGUGAAGAUAAUAAGCCGUCUUAUACACAGAAACUUGGUGCAAUUCAUAGGGUGGUGCCACAACAAACAAGAGUUCUUCCUAGUUUUUGAGUACAUGCCUAAUGGAAGCCUAGACACUUAUCUCUUUGGAAAAAGAAGAGCUCUGCCUUGGGAUGCAAGGUACAAGAUAGCUUUAGGUGUGGCCACGGCGCUUCAUUAUCUUCAUGAAGAUGCAGAACAAUGUGUGCUUCAUAGAGAUAUUAAGUCUGCUAACAUUCUAUUGGACACAGAUUUUAGCACCAAGCUUUGUGAUUUUGGUAUGGCAAAAUUGGUAGACCCAAGAUUGAAGACUCAAAGGACAGGAGUUGUAGGGACAUAUGGGUACUUGGCACCAGAAUAUCUCAAUGGAGGAAGGGCUAGCAAAGAAUCAGACAUGUAUAGUUUUGGGAUUGUAGCUUUGGAAAUUGCAUGUGGAAGGAAGACUUACCAAGAUGGAGAAUAUCAUAUUCCUCUAGUGAAGUGGGUAUGGCAACUCCAUGUGGAAGGGAAUAUUCUGAAUGCUGCUGAUGAAGGAUUGAACAAGAAUUUUGAUGAACUUCAAAUGACAUGCUUGCUAAUUGUGGGACUAUGGUGUACCAACCCGAACGACAAGGAAAGGCCGAAAGCAGCACAAGUGAUCAAGGUUCUUCAACUUGAAUCGCCACUACCUGAGCUUCAACAUGAUAUGCAUGAUCAUCCUCUUCAAGCAACCAUGGUGAAGUUUAGAACUUCUUUUCAAUCAUCAUCCAUUAGCAAUAGCCUUGUUAUUGAUGGACGUUAG